UCCUCCUGCUCGCUCCUUUCAGGCUUGCAUCAAUCCUCGCUUGCCUGGAUUAUUUGACUCUGCCGACAAUAACCCAUUUUAACAAAUAAAGCGAUAUAUCUCGUCCCUUUUGCUGCUUUCAAGCACCGACCGCGACUUGGCGCGACGUGCAGCAGCAAAACCUGGUGACCCGGCGAUCGCACGACCGCCUUCUCGAACCUGCCUCUGAACCAUCGAUAGCGAAGCCUUUCAAAGCUUCUGCAUCGCGCUCGACAGUUAAAGAGCUGCGAUCGUUAUUCAGCCAUUCAUCACCACCUUCGAACCACACCUAAUUCACGUCGCAAUUUCCUCUCGCCACCAUGUCCGGCAAGCUGGACCAGUCUCUCGAUGAGAUCCUUACCAGUCAACGGCGCAACCAGCAAGGCCGUCGCCGCUCUACGCGCCGUGCUGCUGGCGCCGAUAGGCCCGCACCCGCUGCUCCGGCCGGCGGCAUUCAGAAGAACGCUAAGCCCGCGCGCGGCGCUGCCAAGCCCACGCCCGCCAAGACCGCUGGCCUGACCGGCGAGAGCAAGAUCAUGGUCAGCAACCUGCCCAAGGAUGUUUCCGAAGGCCAGAUCAAGGACUAUUUCCAGCAGUCAGUUGGUCAGGUCAAGAGGGUCGAGCUCUCAUACGGACCCGGUGGAGUUAGCCGCGGCAUUGCCCAUGUCACCUUCCACCAUGCGGACGGCGCCAGCAAGGCUUUCUCGACCCUCAACGGACUGCUCAUCGAUAACAAGCCCGUCAAGGUCGAAGUUGUGGUUUCUUCUGCAGAACUUAUCCCUCAGCCCAAGCCGCUCUCUCAGCGCAUCGCGCAGCCCAAGGCUCAGCCUAAGUCUGCUGCCACGGUGAAGCAGAACGGCGCCGGCGCGAAGGGCGGUGCUGCGGCUGGCAAGGGGGGCAAGAAGCCGGCUCGGCGUGCUCGCAGCAACCGGCCGGUUAAGAAGACGGCGGAGGAGCUCGACUCGGAGAUGGCGGAUUACUUUGACAGCGCGAACACUGAGAACACGGGCAACGCCGCUGCCCCCCCGGCUGCUGCUGGCGGUGAUGCCCCGAUGGAGGAAGACGUUCUUUAAAUGAUAGGCGCGCAGAGAGCGUAUAUUCCCCGUAUCCAGGCGGGUUACUAGCGGCAUUAUUGAUGUACGAAAUGGGUUUCGGGCGGUUUGGCAUUUGGGUUGGACGGGUCGGGCACAGCUUUGACUUUGCGGCUGAGCAUCUCUUAGGCACAGAUUGGCACUUGUGAGCUUUGCGGUUACUGUAUAAUUCACUUGCGGUUCGUACACAAGAUCAACGCGCCCUCCUACAUCCUGCAUGACCAC